AUGGACGAGGAGGGAGAAACCCAUGCUCAUUCUAUAGACAUUAAUGAUUCUAUCAGAACAAAACUUUCUGUGAGGAGGUCCAAUCCAUCGUUCGUAGUAUCAAUUUCUUGUAUUUACAGAGUCCAUAAAAGAAUUCGCAAAAUGAAUGAAGAUGCCUACACCCCAGAUAUAGUCUCCAUUGGUCCUUAUCACCGUGGUAUGGAAAACUUGCAAGCCAUGGAAGAUCUUAAGUUACAAUACCUACAGACAUUGCUUGGCCGAACAAGAGAGAGAACCAGUUUGGAGGAAUAUGUGGAAGCUCUCAAGAAGUUAGAAGAUGAAGCCCGUGGGUGUUACUCAGAACCCAUCAAGUUAAGUAGUAAUGAAUUCAUUGAAAUGAUGCUUUUUGAUGGCUUCUUCAUCAUAGAAUUAUUUCGGAAAUAUUUUAAUUCACAAUAUUUCCGGAUAGAUGAUAAUGAUCUUAUCUUCUAUUCCAAAUCAAGAAGUGCAAUCAUUGUGCGUGACUUGGUAUUGCUUGAAAAUCAAAUACCCAUUUCAGUUCUUGAUAAAUUAUUCAAUCUUAGCAUGGAUCCUAAACAUGAUUCUCUCCCACUCAUCAAAAUGGCUCUCUAUUUCUUCAGUGGCUUGAUUCCUCAAGCUAUGCACAAGUAUCCUCAAAAAAAGGAUAAUAUUGAAGUAGUAGUACAUAACCAUUUACUGGAUCUGUUAGCUUACACACUUGAUAGUUCUCUUAGAGUGGUCAAGAUGCCAGACUUAAGAACAAAAGUAGAAUCUCUACCAUGUGUGACAGAGCUCCUUUGUUCUGGGGUUAAGUUCAAGAAGAGCCCCAUAUAUAAUGGUAGCUUGAUCGAUAUAAAGUACAAUGAAGGAGUCAUUGAAAUCCCUCAAUUAUGUGUUCAUGACUUCACAGAAUCCUUUUUUCGGAACCUUAUGGCUUAUGAGCAAUACCGUUUUGGAGGUACUCCUUACAUAACAUCAUAUGCAACUUUGAUGGAUUACCUUAUUAACUCUGUUGAUGAUGUAGCAUUUCUCCGUGACUCUGGAAUUAUUGUCAAUCAACUGGGUGAUGAUAAUAAGGUCUUCUCUCUGUUUAGUAAUCUCUGCAAUGAAAUCUCCAGUACUGAUUUCUAUUACAAUGAAUUGUGUGACAAAGUGAAUGAAUAUUACAAAAGGAGAAUUCACAGAUGGAAAGCGACUUUGAAAAGGGAUUAUUGUGACAGUCCAUGGAAGAUUAUUUCGGUGGUUACAGCAAUUCUAUUACUCUUUCUCACUGCUUGGGGUACCAUAUUUACCACACUACCGCUCUUCAAUGUUCAUGCUUAA